UACACAUUGACCGCGCAACCCCUCUUCGCAUACAACGGAACAGUGAUCAUGAACGGUAACGAGCGCGGACUGCUUGACAGUCUGAAAGACUCACUCGCAUCGGGCGAAUAUUCCGACCUCACUAUCACCUGUGGCAAAGACACAUACAAGGUCCACAAGCUUAUCGUGUGUCAGCAAUCCAAGUUCUUCAAAGGGGCCAUGACAUUCCCGGGUAAAGAAGCACAAAACAAUUCGAUCGAUUUGUCUGAUGAUGAGCCUGAUAUCAUCCGUAUCCUGAUGAACUAUCUCUACUCUGGAAACUAUGAGACUGUUCAAACUGAUGAGGACAUUCCUCACGCUGAAUUACCAUUUCAUCAUCAAGACGUUUCGGAGUAUACCUACGAUUUCCCCCAUUAUUGUACUACCGAUUCGUGGGGAAUGGGGGAUGUUUGUCCCCAUCACACAUGCAGGAAAUCCGGGGUGUGGUAUGCAUUUUCUGGAAAGUCUCGAAUGCCGGGUGAUAUCUCAGGAUUCACUUGUGAGCAAUGCGAUAGAAGUCAGAGCAAAGCAGAUGAUCUCUUGAUUCACGCAAAGCUCUACGAAAUUGCCGACAAAUACGACAUCCAGGGUCUCAAAGAAUUGGUAACCGAAAAGUUCGAAGAGGCCUGUACACUAUCCUGGAACACGAAGAGCUUUCCACUUGCUGCCCACCAUGCUUUCGUCAGCACUCCCGAAAGCGACAAGGGACUUCGAGAUAUCAUCGUGUCAACAUUUUCGGCGCACAUGGAGCUCCUGAAGAAGCCUGAGGUCGAGGCUUUGAUGUUGGAGUUCAACGGUCUUGCCUUCGGACUGCUCAAAGAAAAGCUUCUAUGA